CUCCCUCCAAUACCCAGACCAGAGAUAUAAAGAAGAUGUGAAUUUCACUUCCUUCACUUCUGCUCACAGACUGACUGGUGUGACAUUCAAGACUCAUCAUGAAAAAGAAUUUCUUGUCCAAAAAUGAGCAGCUCUUCAAGGAUGAGUUGCUGGUUUCCAACAACGGGAAGUGGCAGGCUGUCUUCCAGGGUGAUGGUAACUUUGUCGUCUAUGGCAAUGGCAGCAAGCCUGUGUGGGCUUCAAGCACUAAUGGAUUAGACCGCUACCGUGUGAUCAUGCAGGCUGACGGCAACCUGGUCAUGUACAACACUAAUAACCAAGCCGUGUGGAGCACUGAGACAGGCAUCAAGGAGGAGUGUGAGACGUGCCGUCUUGUACUCACUGAUGACGGCAAACUGGAGUUGAUCCAAACUGUAACUAAACAAGUUUGGAGCUCAUGAUGCAAUUAGGCCCAACGCCUUAACUUAACAUCCUAAAGUUUUAAAAAUGAAAGGCUUUUGGAAGUGAACGUCACCUUUGUUUGUCAGUGUGAAUUACAACCAACAUGCCUGGCAUGUAAUCGGAAACCAAAUAAAAGCACAUUUUCACACUGUA